UUGUGCUUCGUGUGUGUGUUUACAAACAGCUUACUAAUAGCAUGGAUAAGAAAAAACGAUUGAAUUAUUCUUCUGAAGCUUUAAAUAAAGCUAUUGGUGCCGUUCAGGCAGGAAUGCCUGUUAAAACCGCUAGCAAAAAGUAUAACGUUCCUAGAGCAACUCUGCAAGAUAAAGUCAAGGGCAGAACGUUGUUGGGAAAAAAAUGCGGUCCAGAAACUACCCUCACGGAACCAGAAGAGUCUUUGCUUGUUCAGUGGCUAUUCGAUAUAUCAAAACGUGGGUUUCCUGCGACAAAAAAACAAGUUUUGGAUAGCGUUCAGCUCCUCCUGAAAGAAUUAGGUCGGACGAAUAAAUUCACAGAUGGUCGACCGGGACGCAAGUGGUAUGAGUUAUUCUUAAAAAGACAUCCGGAGCUCACCACAAGAAUUCCACAAAAUCAUCUGGCUCAAGAGCCAUCCUAAAUGAAAACAGAAUUCGCUAUUGGUUUAAAGAAGUGGAAACCUAUCUGAAAGAUUCCAAUAAUUUCGACAUAACUUUGAACUCCAAUCGUGUCUUCAAUUGCGAUGAAACCGCAUUCUUCUUGUGCCCUAAGGGUGACAAAGUGUUAGUGAGAAAAGGGGAGAAAACAGUUACUCGUUUUCUAAUAAUGAUGAUAAAGAAUGUCUUACAACGUUAAUUACCUGCAGUGCAUCCGGAAAGAUUCUUCCUCCAAUGGUUGUUUUUAAUUAUAAACGGAUUCCCAAAUCUAUUACAGAUAAUUUUCCUCAACGUUGGGCCAUUGGAAAAUCUGACAGUGGUUGGAUGACGGCCGGGACUUUCUACGAAUAUAUCGCCAAUAUUUUUUAUCCUUGGAUAAUUGCUGAAAAUAUUCCUCUUCCUGUAAUCCUGUUCUUAGACGGCCACACCUCUCAUUUAUCUUUAACGCUUAGUCAAUUUUGCUCCAAAGCAAAUAUAAUUUUAAUAUC